UAAGCACCCGAAACCUAUAGCUGUAUUUUGAUAUUUUAUGUCAGCUAAAAUGGUGUCGGAAACCAAGCCGACUCCUUCAGCGUCCGGUCAGUCCCGAAGCUGAUAGCUUAGCUGCUCCGGCGAUCAUGGCACAGCUCUUCUACCGUACUUGUUCUCUGAGUCCUCUACAUUCUCCUCCCUCCUUCUCCUCUUCCAAAACCCAAACCCUCUUUGCCCCCAUUACACCCUCUCCCUUCCCCUACCCUCUUCCUUUCUCAUCCUCAUCGUCCAAGCUGUUUUGCCUUGAUCCGUUACGGUUCCAGUCUCCGCGCUUCUCCUCUUCCUCCUCUUUCGAUCGGAUCAAACCUUAUCUCCAAUCCGAAUGGGAGCCAAUCCUUAAGGGAUGGGUGUGCAGCGUCGUUUCCGUCUGCUGCCUGUCCGUCGCUGUUCCUAAGGCCGGGCAGAUACCGUCGAUCUUGACGUCGGUUGGAUCCGACCGGAUGGUCGCUGAGGGGUUGGCCUUGGCUACUCUAGCCUUCGCUCGAUCAGCCGCGACUUACCUUCAGCAUGCUUUCCUAUGGGAGGCAGCUUUGGGAGCUGCGUUCAGGAUUAGGGCCUACGUCUUUGGCAGGGUCAUUGAGAGCGAUCUAGGUUUCUUCGAGGGAAACGCGGGAGUGGAAGCUGGAGAUGUUGCUCACAGGCUCACAUCCGAGGCAUCGGAUGUCGCAGAUAUGUUGUACUCUCUUUUGAAUACUGUUGUACCGAAUACCCUGCAGUUUUUGGUGAUGGCUACUCAGAUGGUGAUGUUGAGUCCACCUCUUGCAUUUGUAUCAGCUUUGGGGGUUCCAUGUUUGUUGCUUGUCAUUGGCUACCUUGGUGAAAGGCUUCGGGGCAUAUCAAGAAGGGCACAGAUAACUGCCGCCAAGCUUUCUUCCUAUGUUAAUGAGGUACUUCCAUUGAUGCUUGUUGUGAAAGCAAACAAUGGAGAGCUGAACGAGAACCUACAUUUUUGUAGGCUUGCCCAUGAUGAUCUGAUAGCACGCCUAGGAAAGAAGAAGCUGAAGGCUGUCAUACCUCAGAUUGUGCAGGUCAUAUAUAUAGGAGGUCUGAUAGUUCUCCAUGCGAUUUCGCUGAAUGCUUUGAAGGGUUCAAUGGAUGGAUCUAGACUCCUCUCAUUUACAAUGUCGCUGGCGCUUUUGAUCGAUCCUAUCCAGGGUAUGGGAAAGGCAUUCAAUGAGUUAAAAGAAGGGGAGCCAGCUGUUGAGCGCCUGUUUGAGCUGGCACAAUUCCACAAUAAAGUGGUUGAGAAACCAAAUGCACUUGAUUUAUGCCAUGUCACUGGGGACAUAAAAUUCUCUGGUGUUACGUUUAGAUAUGGGGAUAAUAUGCCUCUUAUUUUAAAUGAAUUGGAUAUCCUUAUCAAACGUGGUGAAAGGGUUGCUUUUAUUGGUCGAUCUGGAGGAGGAAAAACAACUAUCGUAAAAUUGCUACUUAGGCUAUAUGAUCCUCUAUAUGGUGACAUAUUUCUUGACGACUAUAAUAUUCAGGAGGUAAAAUUGAGAAACUUAAGGGAGCACAUAGUUCUGAUUCCACAGGAUACAAUGCUAUUUUUAGGCACUGUAGCAGAAAAUAUUGGCUAUAAAGAUGCUUCCGGAAAAUUAGACAUGGAAUGUGUUGAGAAUGCUGCAAAGAUAGCCAAUGCUGAUGAGUUCAUUAGGGAACUUCCAAAUGGCUACCAGACAAAUAUUGGGUUAAGGGGCUCUCUUUUAAGUGGCGGUCAAAGGCAAAGGAUUGCCAUUGCAAGAGCAUUGUAUCGGAAGUCCUCAAUAUUGAUUUUAGAUGAAGCAACUUCUGCACUAGACAGCAAGUCUGAGCAAUUAUUCAGUCAAGCUCUGGAGCCUUUAAUGACAAAUAACACUGUUCUGAUUAUCGCGCAUCGAAUCGAAACGAUGAUGAUGGCCGACAGGGUUCUCCUGGUGGAAGGAGGGAAGGUGGAGGAAGUGCCAAAAUCAUCCAUUCUUUCACCUGAUGGUCAUUUAGCAUCUCUUCUUAACUCGUAGGUUCACAACUAUUGACUUGUUGCCUGCCUGCCUAUGAUUUUUGCAGAUACAGGAAGA